AUUUACUUAUUUCAUGUCAACUCCACAAUGGUAUAAUGAGUGAAGGUAUAGCACAUAUAUAUGUGGUGCUUGACACAAUUUUUCUUACACAACUAUUUAAAGUAAACUGUAAUCUUUGGUGUGGUCUGCUAUUCUUUGCAGUGUUAAAAAAGCACUAAAGGCAAGACAUCAAAGAAUAGGGAAACACCACUGUAAUGUAAGAGACAUUGGGAUUAGAUGAUGAGAGUGGAUGUAUAUGCAAAUACACCCAUACAAGCACACAAACCCCAGGUCACAGUGUAUCCAUGUGUCCCUUAAUGUCUGUAUAGAAAAUUGCUAAAACCCUUGAUUGAGAAAUAUAGCAUUUAAAAGAGGAAGAAAUGUGUCCAUGUGACUUAGUAAGACACAGACAAAAAAAUAAGAAAAGAGAAGUGACACAGGAAGUUGAGUGGCUUGUGGUAAACAGCACAUUGCAGUAGCAGUAAGGAUGCUUAGUGCUGUGAUGCAAAGAAGGCCUUGAACCUUCACAGAACGUAUCAGUGUUCGACACUCAGUUCUAUGAAAGUGUUUUCAGUGUGAUCCCAGAACGACAUUUAAACGUUCUUUUGCCUGAAGUGAAUACAGUGACAAGCGAUUGUUAUUUUAACUUCACAAACAUGGGAAACAGCGGAGAGGAGGGAAAACUACACCGAAAACUGUCUCGCAUAGGAAGCAGGAGUCAGAGAGAACCUCCAAGGCCCCCACCUCAAGUGGAAAGGCCUCCACCUGUUGCUCCACCCAGACAACCCGAACCUGCUCCAAAACCUCCUGAGGGUGCAGCAAAACCUAUAUGUCCUGCUCCCAAAGUCUCUCCAAAGCCCUCUGAUGCCUCCUUAAAGCCUAGUAUUCCUCCCAAGCCUCAAAUACAGGUGUUCAGUAGCACAGAGCAUGGAAAUGCCAUACUUAAGGGUCUGUAUCAUUUUCGCUGUGAUGAAACCUUGUGUGAUGUCACUCUGAUGCCUGGCGAUAGCACUGAAACCUUUCCAGUUCACAGAGUGAUCAUGGCUUCAGCCAGCGACUACUUUAAAGCCAUGUUUACAGGUGGAAUGAAAGAACAGGAGCUGACUGAAAUUAAACUACAUGGAGUGAGCAGCACAGGCCUGAAGAACAUUAUUGAGUUUAUUUAUACCUCUCAGCUAAGUCUGAACUUAAGCACCCUCCAAGACACUCUGGAGGCUGCCAGUUUCCUCCAGGUGCUUCCAGUUCUCAACUUCUGCAAUCAGCUACUUAGCAGUGAGGUCACCAUAGAAAACUGUACAGAGGUUGAACGCAUUGCUAACGAUCUUCUUCUGGAGGACGUCCAGACCCACAUACACAACUUUGUCUGUCAGAACUUCUCAGCUCUAGUGCAGAGUGGUCAUUUUCUGCAGCUUUCUGAGGCCAGUAUUGCACAUGCCCUUUCAAGUGAUUCAUUGAAGGGAUUCUCCGAGAUGGAACUCUAUCGCACUGCCCGUGCUUGGCUAGCACAUAAAUCUAGUGAACGCCGGCCUGCAGCCUACACCUUGAUGCGCCACAUUCGCUUUCCUCUAAUGAGCCCUGCUGAACUCCUACAGAUAUCUCAGGAGGACCAGGUUGGGGAGGGAAGCAUAGAGGAAAAGGAAGGCAAGGAGCCAUUCAUGCGUUCUGACACAGCUUGCGUAAACCUACUCUUGGAGGCUAGCAACUACCAGAUGUUGCCGUUCCUUCAGCCAUUGCUCCAGACAGAGAGGACGCGCAUUCGUUCAGAUACAACACACUUACUGGCUCUGGGUGGGGUAAUGAGGCAACAGCUAGUUGUGAGCAGGGAGCUUAGGCUGUAUGAUGAGGAAGCUGGAGGCAUCUGGAGAGCCCUCCAGCCAAUGGAAAUGCCUCGCUACCAGCAUGGUGUGGCUCUUUUAGGGGGCUUCCUGUACAUUGUAGGAGGGCAGAGCACUUAUGACACAAAGGGUAAGACCGCAGUGGACAGUGCAUACAGGUACGACCCUCGUUUUGAUCGCUGGCUGCAGGUGGCUUCUCUGAAUGAGAAGCGGACAUUCUUCCAUCUGAGUGCUCUGAAGGGGAAGCUCUAUGCUGCUGGGGGGAGAAAUGCCACUGGUGAGAUUGACACGGUGGAGUGUUACAACCUGAGCAAGAAUGAGUGGACCUUAGUUGCACCUAUGAGCGAGCCUCAUUAUGGCCAUGCUGGUACAGUACACGGAGGACUAAUGUAUGUGUCAGGAGGAAUAACGAGAGAUGCUUUCCAGAAAGAGUUGUGUUGUUAUAACCCAGACACAGACAUGUGGAGUCGUCGUGCAGACAUGAUGGAACUUCGUGGACUUCACUGCAUGUGCACACAAGAAGACCGACUCUACGUUAUAGGUGGAAACCACUUCCGUGGAACAAAUGACUAUGAUGAUGUUCUCAGCUGUGAAUACUACACUCCUGCAGUUGACCAAUGGACAGUGGUGGCUCCGAUGCCCCGUGGUCAGAGUGAUGUUGGCGUGGCCGUGUUUAAAGGCAGAAUUUAUGUGGUAGGAGGCUAUUCUUGGAACAGUCGUUGUAUGGUCGACAUUGUGCAGUGUUAUGACCCUGAAAAAGAUGAGUGGGAGAGGGUUUUUAAUGUGCUAGAGCCUUUAGGGGGUAUACGUGCUUGCACCAUGACUGUACAUCGUCCAAGUGGGUCUGUAGAUGAAGUACAGUUACAGGAAUGCCCUCUCCAAACAACAAAGAACUGAGGAACAGUGAAAUUUUUUUUUGGCAUGUCUAAAUCAUACACAAGUAAAGUAUAUACUAUAUUUGUUUUACAUUUUAAUGGAGAGUGGAGAAUUUUGAAAAAUUAGACGGGGCCUCUCUAUAAACACCAUAUAAAAUAUACUUUACAUUAUAUGGGCCUAUGAAAUUCCAUUUAAUUUGAUUCAUGUGGCCUUUUAAGUCUUAUGGCCACUCUUGCUUUUGUACCUACUGCUGCUAAGGAGUACAGUAUGCUUAUAGAGUAUUGAGGGACAAAAGUGGAAACUGUCUUUUUUGUUUGUGUGCAUUGUGUGUAUUAUUCUACUCUUUUCACUCUUUGCAUAGCAUUAACAAAACAUAAAGCCUACUUUUUAUACAAGCUCAGAGUAGUUGAAAAGCAUUCCAGACAUACUAUGAUAUCUGAUUAAAACACAUUUACCAAAUGUGUAUCAUUCUGCUGACCACAGACUGUGGUGUAAAAACAAUGGUUUUUAAACUGUUACUUUAAUAUGCCACUUCAGAAAAGAAUUAUUAGGAAAGAAUGUAUACAGUUCAUGCUCUAGAGCUUACUUUGGUAAAAUACAGAAGAGUAGAAGUUGCAAUAGAAUAAAUAAAAAAAACCCUGGGCAAUUCUGUGUUGCCAGUUCACAUACCAGCAUGUUUUCCAGAUGUGCAGGGAAGUGCAAAGACUGGAUUGUUUAAAUUAUUAUUUUUUUAAGUUAAAAACUUGUUUAAGUAUGUUUAAAGUAAAUUCUCACCAGGAAUAACUUAUCUAAAUGGUAACUAUGCUGUCCAUUUUGCUAUACUGUAUAUUGUACAUUUAUUGUUUAUAUUUAGCCAAUGUUAAUUUUCUUUUGCUAUAUUUUGGACAGUUGAAUGUGGCUCAAAUGUGCUUUAUUCUGGAGUUUUAUUGCAAAUAACACAUGGCUUUGUGACAAUAUACAGAACUGGCUGAAGCAGUGAUGAUGUAUAUUGUAUAUUGUAUGUAUAUUGUUUUCAUUUGCUCAAAUGUUUCAUUAAAGCAAUAGCAAAAACA